ACUUGGGCCUCGUACAUGGGCCUCGUUCAUGGGCCCGGCCCGUCUUCGUUCCUCUCCGCGCCUCCCCCCAAAAUCCGAAGCACCCAAAGGAAAGGAAUCAUCCCCCAUCGUCGUCGUCCACGGUCCGAAGCUCGCCGCAAGCCUCCUCGUCUCCUCCGCGACUCGCGAGCCCUAACCGCCGCCGCCGUCUCCCUCUCCGCCAGCUCGAUCGAAGUUCCGAAGAAGCCUCGGCCUCUGCUCGCUCCUUCUGGCGUCGCCGAUGGCUCGCGGGAUCUGAUCGGGCGCUUUCCCCCUUCUCGAUCGUUCUCCUUGGAAGAAACCAGGUGUUGCAGUACUAUGGGGGAUUUUACCGUUCAAAUAAGCAAUGAACUUGUAGAUCGACUUCUUGACAAUGAUGAGAAGUCGAAAAGAAAAACAAGAAAAAUAAAACCAAGGUUAUCAAAAGAGCCUCAACAUCCACAGAGUAAGGUGAAUCAGAAGCAGCCGCCUAAUGAUUCUACUGGAUUGCCAAUUCAUCCUCCAUUUUUCCUGCCUGUUAGCCCUCCUGCACAUUCUGCAAAGUCGGAGUUGGAUGCUAUUCGAUCGGUUCUUAAAGAGAGCGAGAGCGCCGUCGAGAGGCUGCAGAAGCAGGAAGAGAACGUGCUCCGCGAGGUAACUGAAAGAGCCAAGGAGCUUCGCGAUAAGGAGUUCAAGCUUCCGUACCAGAAGCCAAUGCCGUGUUUGGCUGAGAACAAUGCUUGCUUGGAGUGCUACAAGGAGCAUGCUAAAGACCCUUUGAAAUGUGCUCAUCUCGUAAGAAGUUUCGCGGACUGUGCUCGAAGAGCGAGGCAGCAAGUGAGUACUGCGGAUAAGUAGACAUAACUACACAACCAAUCCCGGGUCUGUGACCCAUUGUUUGUUCUACUGAGUCUCUUUUCUCAGCAGCGGGUAAUAAAGAACAGUUAAUUCUCUUCACAGGGUAUCCUGUGCUGAUAUUCCGCAGUUAGAUAUUUUGCUUCCUCAUUUUGGGUCACUAUUGAAUUGUUUGUCAAUGUCGGUCGACAUGGCUUCACUACGAGACUUGUGAAAAUACCUCUCAGUUCACCAGCUGAUACCAGAUAUUUUUGCCCUCUGGAUAUCAAGUGCAACUCUUCUUGUAGUGUUCCUGCAUCACCGGUAUGCAAUUCUAGUAUGAUCCCCUUCCCUUGGAUAA